AUGGUGCACAACACAACCUUACUGCUGCGCACACGCUACCUCGACUGCGACGACGCGAUGUUUGGCCAGGGUGGAGACGCGUUGGGCCCGUUCCUCGACAAGCACGCAUCAGGGGAGUUCCGCGAGGUCCUCGUUGCUGCCACUGCUUCCGACGGCACAUCGGUCAGCCAUCGAUACCGACUGCACGAGGAGAAAAUCAAGGGGCAGACGAGUGGUGUGGACCACCAAGCAUGUUUGGGGCUGGCGCGCGAGUUCAUCACGACCCUGGUCGGUCGGCUCGACUACCGCCUCAAGGAUCUGUCACACCUCGACGGGGCGAAGCUGUUCAAGCAGGGAUCCUAUCCCAAGAACUAG